CCUGCGAAAUGUGCUUUUUUUUUCCCUUUGAAGACCUUUUCUUACAGUUUCGAAAGCACUAAACCUAAAUCGGCCAUUCUCCUGCUUAUGACUUGUGAUAUUGGGGCUAACAUUUGGGGUUAGAAAACGUGUCUUAAUUGCUGGCAAAGAGCCAAGAGGCAGAGUGGCUGCAGUUGCAGGAGCAACUUGUUGAGGAAUGGAUGAUGGAAGAGAAACGAACACUUCGGAUGGCAAAGCAUUAAAGAUUGAAGAAGUGAUGGGGAGCCACAUCGAGGAUCCAAUUACUUUCUGGGGUCAGAAUACUGAAUUAAUCCAUGAACUUCUUAAGACAUUUACUGCCUUGACUGAAAUCUGUCCCUUUGCUGCAAAGGUUUUUGGAGAUCCUGUCCCUGAAAAGAUUUAUGGUGGAUUGUAUUCUGAGGACCAAUGCUGGUACAGAUGUAAACUGAAGAAAAUGCUGAAUGAUGAGAAGUGUCUGAUGACUUAUAUUGAUUAUGGAAAUUCGGAGACUUUAAAAAAAUCGUACAUAGUUGAACUUCCAGAAAAUUUGCAGUGCCCCGGGCUAGCCAGCAAGUUCCGACUUUGGGGUCUGGAGAUUCCAGUUAAACAAAAUGUGACUCCUUUUGACCAGGGAAGAAGAUUUCUGGCCAGUUUGAUAAAUGACAAAAUCAUCCGAGUCACUCACAGAGGUACCGAUGAAGACGGAGUCAUUUUUGUGAAAGCAGAAAGUGAGGAUCUGGACAUUGGUCAUGAAGUUGCUGAAAAGCGAUUUGCUGGAAAGCGCAAUGUAGACUCUGUCAACUCUAUCAGCUAUGAAGGGAGAAGGGAAAAUCCAGAACCAUUGACAUUCAUCAGGAACAUAAAAGGAUUUCCAGAUUUCAGCAGUGCUUCACAGAGAGCAAAGCACAUGAAGGAUUCAAGAAAUGAUCAUCCAUCAAACAAAACAAAAGGGAGUGUAGACUCUUUAGAACAAAGAGGUGAAGACCCUAAGGUGGGGAGGGGAAAUCCCCUGGCGUGUGCAUUGGAGAGAAAAUCACCAACUCCGUACAAUUUAGCGCAGAAGAUGAACAUGAUGAAGAUGCAACAUAACCAGAGAUUGCUGGAAGAUCAAAAUGAAAAGCUGAAAGCAGAAAACAGAGCUCAUCAGCAAAAUUGUCAUCUGCUGGAAGAGCAGAUUAAGCAACAACAACUUGAGUUGAAGAAAAUGAAAGCAGAAUUAGAACAACAUCGGGAAGUAGAAGUUAAGUUGAAAAAUGAAUUAAACAAUGCAGUUGAAAUGAAGCUUAAAUGCUUGGGAACCAAGGUGGAAAAGCUCAAAAGAAUCAGGAGUGAAAAUGCUGAGAAUUGUUUUGGAGAUGAUCUUUCUGCAGCGAUACAAAUGAUCACUGUUGGGAGCUUGUGCACUCCAGCUUCAAUGAGAAACCUUGAAAGUGCUUGGAAUGAAUACACUCUCGCCCAGGAAAUGCUUCGGGCAUGCAAGUCUGUGGAUAAAGUGGAGAGCCUGAUUGUCGAUCGGAAUGAAGCACGUUGUACACUGUAUACUGCUGUGGAAGUGUUUGCCUCUGAAGUGGACAAGUUACCUAUUAUAGACCGCGUACACUUUCUGAAGUCUUUAGCUUGUUCUUUGGAGACUGUUUAUGGCGAGUGGUCUGAUGAAGAGUAUACCUCCGAUAAAGUGUUUGAUCAGUUUUCUGAAUGGAGAAAUAAUAAAUUGCAGGAGUUUAACACCAUGAAGAACAAAACUGAUCAAUCUCUGAGAGUGAUGUUGGCGUGCUUUGAUAAAACUAUGAAGUUUUUUGACCUGAACUCUGAGACAUCAGUAUACUCGGUGGCGGUAGUCGAAUGCAAAGAUACCAUGUUAGAUCAAGUUGAUCACGAUGUAUGCAAAGAACUAGAAAUUUCAACUUCUCCACAAGGUGAAGCUGAUGCCAAGAUAAUGCAUAGUACCUUCAGCACAGUGAUGCACAAGAUCCAAGAGGAGCAGAAUCUCCUUUCAGUCGUACAGGAUAAAUAUGCAGCCAGCAUUGAGUUUAAAGAGCAAGUUGGGCAGUGGCUGAAUAUUUGUCCCAGUGUUGUGGAUCUUCUGUCAAUCAAAAAGUCGGUGAAGAAUCUGAAAGCCCAGUUGAGAUGGAAAUUGGUUGAGAAGAGUAACCUAGAAGAUUUGGACAAUUGUGAUGCAGCAAAGAUGAAGGAUAUGAAGGAAGAAAUGCAUUCACUUAGGGAUAAUAUUUAUCAAGAGAUUUGCCGGGAACGUGAAGAAUACGAGAGACUUAGCACUGUUGUUCGAGACUGGUUUCCUGAACUACCUCUUCUCCACCCUGAAGCAGGGAUCACAACUUGCAUGCAAUCUUCUGGACUGCUCUGUAACAGCUUAGAACGUGAUUUAUUUGAUCCAGAACCAAUGAGAGAACUGAGCAACAAGAGACCAUGUGUGUGCUCUGAAGUGAAAGCCCAAAAAGUCCUUCUGAAGGGUUAUUCUGUCGAUGUUGCCACAGAAGCUAAAAUGAUAGAAAGAGCUGCAAAAUAUCACGUGGCUUGGUCUGUGUUAAAGGAAGGGUCUGGAAUCAUGCCUAUUCUGUCCCUAUUUGCUUGCAAAUCUGAGCCAAUGAUUUAUAUCAUGGUGCCAUUUUAUCCAGGAUGCAGUUUGAAAGCUGUGCAAGCCAUCAAUCCUUUAACCUUAAUGGAGGUGGCUAAAGUGAUGCACGGAGUAGCAGUUGGUCUACAGACCCUUCACAAUUCAAAUAUAGUUCAUGCUUCUCUUCAUCCACACAACGUGUUUGCUGUGAAUCGUGAGCGAGGAAUUAUUGGAGAUUUCGAUUUUACUAAAACUGCUGAGCAGCGUAAUAUUGUCAGCUGGAUGAUAGCUGAUACUUUGAAACUUAUAGCUCCAGAAACCAGAGGUGACCAAUCUGCUCUCCCUGCAGCUGAUGUUUUUGCUUAUGGAUGCUUGCUUCUGUGGCUUAACUUCCCUGUGCAUAGCUUCACAGUAGAGGUUGAUGGAACUCCUCAGUUUAGUGGCCUUAACAUGGAUUGUAAACUUGAGAGCCUUGUAUCGAAGUUGAUCCGUUUCAAUCCACAUGACAGACUGAGAGUGGACGAGGUGCUAAAAGACCCUUAUUUUUCAGCGACUGAAACUUCUGAUGAGGGGACAGGUUGUGUAUUAGAAGAAGCCAUCUUGGCCAGCGUUCUCACAGAGGAAAGUGAAUCAGGGUUUCGAAGAGAGAUUGAGGUGUAGACACCUCUUAUAAUGGGCACUGCCUGAGGUUUGAUUCUUCUAAAAUUGUUGGGGACCUCGACAGAAUGGCUAUUGGGAGGGAGAUACAGCCUCAUAUAGCCACUUCAGUGGUGAGCAGAGUUCAUGGAAAACAAUUCCUCCAAUAAAAGCGGAUAACAAGA